AAAACCCUUCUUUUUCCCCAAAUUACGGGGGCUGCUUUACUCCGCCAAUUACCUCCAGCUCUGGUCUAAAAUUCUUCGGCGAGGGCAUGGCUAGAGCUCCCCUUGCACUUCUAUCCUCCGCCGUAGCCUCGGCGGCGGUGGCGGUGGAUUGGGCCUACGCCGAUAGCACAUUCCACUUUCCUGCUUUCUCUUCUCCUUCUACACCACCUCUGCAAGAUUCUUCCGCCGGCGCUGCCGCUACUGGGGCUGGCCCUCCGCAGCAGCCCCCCUCGCCGGAGGAGACUAGGGUGCGCAACGACAAUCCCCGGACCACUGCGUCAGGAUUCGAUCCAGAAGCGUUGGAGAGGGGAGCUAAAGCCUUGAGAGAGAUCAACAAUUCAUCGCACGCCAAGAAGGUUUUUGAAUUGUUGAGAAAGCAAGAAGAGACGAGGCAAACAGAGUUGGCUGCAGAGAAAGCAAAGUUCCAGGCUCUACAAUCUCAGCAUGAAACUGAUAGGCAACGUGUGAUAUAUGAAGAACAGAAAAAACUGGUUCAGCAACAGGCACAAACAAAGGCUCAAAUGGCUCGCUAUGAGGAUGAAUUGGCUAGAAAGAGGAUGCAGGCAGAACAUGAAAGUCAAAGAGCAAGAAAUCAAGAACUUGUCAAAAUGCAAGAAGAAUCUUCCAUUAGACAGGAGCAAAUUCGACGGGCUACUGAAGAGCAAAUUCAAGCUCAGAAACGACAGACUGAGAAAGAAAGGGCAGAGAUUGAGCGUGAGACAAUCCGAGUCAGAGCUCUGGCAGAAGCUGAAGGGAGAGCACAUGAAGCAAAACUUGCUGAAGAGGUAAAUAGACGGAUGCUUGUAGAAAAAGCCAAUGCUGAAAGAGAGAAAUGGGUUUCAGCUAUAAAUACAACAUUUGAGCAUAUAGGAGGUGGGCUGCGAGCAAUACUUACAGAUCAGGAUAAGUUGGUUGUUGCGGUGGGUGGGGUGACAGCCCUUGCUGCAGGGAUCUACACUACAAGAGAAGGUGCUCGGGUGGUCUGGGGCUACGUCGAUCGGAUACUUGGCCAGCCAUCUCUUAUUCGAGAGUCCUCGCGGGGGAAGUAUCCUUGGUCUGGUUUAUUUUCCCGUGCCAUGAGCUCAUUGCGGAGCAAAGGAAACAAUGCCACAACAAAUGGUAAUGGUUUUGGCGAUGUGGUUCUGCAUCCUUCUCUUCAAAAGAGAGUUGAACAGCUUGCAAAGGCAACUUCCAAUACAAAAGAGCAUCAGGCACCUUUUCGUAAUAUGCUAUUUUAUGGUCCUCCUGGAACAGGAAAAACCAUGGCUGCCCGAGAGUUGGCUCGUAAAUCUGGACUAGAUUAUGCAUUGAUGACUGGUGGAGAUGUUGCACCUUUGGGAUCACAGGCAGUAACCAAGAUACAUCAAUUGUUUGAUUGGGCGAAGAAAUCCAACCGGGGAUUGCUGCUCUUCAUCGAUGAAGCCGAUGCAUUCUUAUGCGAACGCAACAAGACCUACAUGAGUGAAGCCCAGCGAAGCGCUCUCAAUGCACUUCUUUUCCGCACGGGUGAUCAAUCCAAGGACAUUGUUCUUGCCCUUGCGACUAAUCGACCGGGCGAUCUUGAUUCCGCUGUUGCCGAUCGCAUUGACGAGGUCCUUGAAUUCCCCCUUCCCGGUGAAGACGAACGGUUCAAGCUGCUUAAGCUUUAUCUCGAGAAGUACAUCGUAAAGGCAGGGGAGAGAAAGGGUGGCAUGCUUAGCCUUUUCAAGCCUCAGCCGCAGAAAAUAGAAAUCAAAGGCAUCACUGAUGAUAUUUUAAGGGAAGCAGCAGCCAAGACUGAUGGUUUCUCAGGUAGGGAAAUAGCCAAGUUAAUGGCGAGUGUACAAGCUGCAGUUUAUGGAAGCAAAGACUGUGAAUUGAACUCUAGCCUCUUUAGAGAGGUUGUCGAUUACAAAGUUGCCGAGCAUCGGCAGCGAAGAAUGCUGGCAGGUGGUGCUUCAGGAGAAGCCUGAGGUUUUUGUAGUGAUAUAGAUGAGGUACAGUGGACAACAUCACAAGAGAGGCAGCAGGUGAGGAACUGAUCUCAUUUUUUUCCAAGUUUAGUUUUCAAUAGUUGCUUCCCAUUCUCUGGGGAUUUUGGCCAAAUAUUGACAGUAUAUGGAUGCCUGCCUUUAUUAUUUAUUCAUAUUGCCAUUUGGUUACAAGUAGGAGUUAGUAAAUUUUGUAAAUUCAGAUUUACUACAUCUUAGAGGCAAGAAGUUUUGAAAAUUAUUUGAUAUGAUAGAUGUUACAUAUGAGUAAGUUCUAAUAAAUUGUUUUACUGAUAUUUCAUGAUUUA